GAGAAGGCUUUAUAGAGCCUUCACGACGACGAAACGACGUCGUGGAUCUGGACAGCGAGGAUGCGUUUGCUACUGAAUCAGUGAGAGAGAAAGGUAAAGCGGAUGAGCCAUGGCUUCCACUACAUUCAUUUCUCUAUCUCUACCAAUUUCCCUCUCCUCUUCCAACCUUCUUCCUACUCUCCGUUCUUCCUCAUCCCCCCGUUCCCUUUCUCCACCGCUCUCUUUUCCCGCCCAACACUUCCCCUUCUCAAUCCUCUCCGCCAAAAUCGUCAAAAACAACUCUCAAUUUCGAGGAUCCAUGCCGCCACAUCUCAACAAACUUUACCCUCAGAUUCCGCCGCACUGCUGGCCGCCGAGAAAUCGCAGGAGAUAGUAGGAUCCACCAAUGACGACGGCGUCUCCACGAUAAUCUCUGUUCUUCUCUUUACUGCUUUCAUCGGUCUUUCUAUUCUCACAAUCGGGGUGAUCUACAUUGGUGUGACGGAUUUCUUGCAGAAAAGAGAGAAGGAGAAGUUUGAGAAAGAGGAAGCGGGGAAGAAGAAGAAGAGUGGGAAAAAGAAGAAAGUUAGAGCUAGAGGUGGACCGAGAGGAUUUGGACAGAAGGUUGAAGGAGAAGAAGAAGAAGAUGAUGAAAAUUGAAGCAAAUUCUGGAAAUUCUGCUAUUUGGUACUGUCUAAUUUACGUAUAAAUUUAGAUGAAUUUUGCUUCUCGAUCAUGAAUUUUGGGUUCUUUUAUUGUUAGCUGAAAUGUUUUAAUGAUUCCGUUUAGUGAAAUUAAAUUUAGUUCAAUUUGUUUA